AUGGACUAUGGGUCUUCUGAACGCGAGAACCCCUUUCAGGAAGAUUUUAGUCCCCCUUCGGUGUUAAAAAUUAUUUACGAACCCCCUUCAGUUGUUAUUUAUUCGUCAAAUCUAGAUGUGCCUACAGAAAAUGAAGUAUUUUUCGAUGAUCCUUUUAAAGAUGCUGGGGCUCAAUCUUCGGUCAGUGAAUUAGAGUCCUGGAUACUUCAAUGCAAACACAUGUACCUUAUAUCACGAGGCAAAUCUCAAGAAUCUCAGAAAUUUUUCCUUAAGCGUCUGGUUGAAUUGCGUCGUCUUCUGUACUCUGCUAAGGAGUGGGAGGUUAAAACAACGAGUACUGAGAACGAUCCUCAGUCUGCAUCUCUCAGUUGUGCAAAUAGCACAUUGGGGCAUACUUUUCGAUCUAUUUCUUCUCUCCGACUGCUUGGAACUAUUUGCGAUUCCUGCUCGAGGCCUGUCAUUUCUCCCACCGGGAAUAUUCUCAUUUGUCGAGAUUGCUGUGUUACUUGCCAUGACUCAUCCUCUUGUAUUCAGAACCUUCUUCGACACUGUCCAGCAGCUCAAGCUAAUCCUAUGCUCACAUUAGAAUUGUCGAGAAUUGCUCAGCUUGGAGCCAGUUUAACAUCUCAAUGCUGGUCUUGUUGGAGCUGUAAAAUACCUCUUCGACCACCUCAAGCGACAUCUCAUGCCUCUGUAUCUUCGCCAACACUCUUUCGAGAUUCCCAUUCGACUUCAUUCAAUCUUAAAACUCCACCCGCAGAGUUGGCAGCCAGCAUUCGGCGGAUGGAGCACACGCCAACUGGAAAUGAAGUUUCCUUAAAACAAAUGACGUCAGCAGUUCAAGAGAUCAGUGGGGUCUUUUCGCCCACUUUGGGACCAGUUCAAACCCCAGCUGACGUUUGUGUGGUCCUUCAACAACGCAGGCUUGAUAGUGAGACAACGCCUGGUGUCGCCAAAAUGUGUUUCUACUCAGGAAAGUUCUAUUGCCCAAAUUGUCAUUGGGGCGAUACUUGGAGUAUUCCGAGCUAUGUGUUUUCCAUGGGCAUCACUACCCCGUUUCCCGUAAGUUGUUUUUUCAAUUUGAAUAUAGCUGCUGCUGCUGCUUCUCGAUAA